AUGAAGUCCGUUCAACUUAGCCUGCUGGCUCUUCUCUUCCAGGCCUCUUCCAUUCAGGCCAAGGGGUACAAGAAGAACAUCCCGACGUACGAAGUUGGCCCUGAUGCGGUCAUCACCGGCAACACGAUCGUGUACAAUGACCCUGACUGCGACCCGGGUUUUCAGUGCAAGUUAACCAAGACCUGCACCUUACCGCUUGGCUCUGUUCCCACCCUUACCAGCGACAAGAAGUACUUUGCCUGCUGUCUGCCGGGGCUGAAUCUUCUCGGUAGUCCUGAGACAGCAUUCGACUGCUGUGCUGUAGGCCAUGGCAUUGCUGGCUCCCCCGAAGUCGGAUACAGGUGCUGCCCAACCGGGCAGACCUAUGACGGUCUGAUCUGCAAGCCAGUGUGCCAGAAUGGCAAGGUCCUUGUCGACGGCAAGUGUGUCUGCCCUAAAGGCACCGUUGAAGGCCCGAACGGGACCUGCCGGGAGGAAAUCUGCACUUCCGGAUUGGCAUCUGGCAAAUGUUACACCUUCACCGCGCCCAACGGCAAUACCCUAGGCUCUGGUGAGGACGGAAUCUACUACGCCCGCCCUGACGACAUGAACUUCCACUAUGGCAAGUUCCAGCUCUGCCUUGACGAGAAAUGCGCCGCUGGAACACCUAUCAACCCCCAGGAUGGAGUGUACAUUCGGGACCUUUACGGCGACGUCAAAACCGGCGCGAAUAAAGGCCAAUGGCUCAAUAACGCCAAGGAUGGUGCCCACAUCGGCAAGACCAAGGACUUUGCCUCCGCUGGCAAAUUCUCCUUGAGCAAAUGGCCUUGCGGCAAGUACUGUCUUGGAGGAGUCGAGUGGGGAGUUGGUCCCGCUUGUCCAUCUCAAACCCCGGCGAUUACCUUCUUCUCGCAGGAUCCACAGAUGUGCACGGCAUUUGAUCUUACUGAAAUUCCUUGUGAUAUUAAAGCUCCCGCCAAUAACUGUAUCUGGAAGAGUGGGAAGAAUCAGUGCUGUGGUAAGGUUGAUUGCAGUCAGUUGUGA